CCCGAAAAGAUCCAAGUAUGAAAGGAAAAGUGGGCUUAAAGCCGUGACGUUCAGUGGAAAGAGGGAGGGACGGCUGGUCUCCAUUAGCUGAAGCCUGCGGGGGGACAAACACUCUGCCGCUGCUCACCAGAUUUUCUUCCUAUUUUUUUAUUUUUUAGUUUUAAUUAGCCACGGAAAAACCCUACAUGAUUUAAAGAGGGCAACUUGUUCUGCACCGUGUAGUCGACUGUUCGAGAGGGAUUUUUUUUUUUUUGGUCUUUCGUGAAGGAUGGCGCUGGACGGGAUACGGAUGCCCGAUGGCUGCUACGCUGAUGGGACGUGGGAACUUAAGAUGCAUGUGACCGACCUCCGCAGGGACGUGUCGCUGAGGGUCACCGGGGAAAUCCACAUCGGUGGAGUCAUGCUUAAACUCGUGGAGAAGCUAGAUGUGAAGAAGGACUGGUCAGAUCAUGCUCUAUGGUGGGAGAAGAAGAAGACGUGGCUGCUGAAAACCCACUGGACGCUGGACAAGUACGGCAUCCAAGCUGAUGCCCGGCUCCUCUUCACACCACAGCACAAGCUGCUUCGCCUCCAACUACCCAACAUGAAGCACAUGAAAGUCAAAGUCAACUUCUCUGACCGAGUCUUCAAGGCCGUCUCCGACAUCUGCAAAACUUUCAAUAUCCGCCACCCAGAGGAGUUGUCUCUACUGCGUAAACCUCGUGAUUCCAAGAAGAAGAAGAAAAAAUUGGAGGAGUCUGAAGAAGAGGAUCUGGAGUUGGAGGGUCCGUUAUUAACUCCUGGAUCAGCCUCUGAGAUAAUAUACAUCGGACCUGUCAAAGGGAGCAUCUACUCCAGUCCUGGCUUGUACAGUAAAACUAUGACCCCCACCUACGACUCCAGAGACGGCAGCCCACUGUCACCCACCUCCGCCUGGUUUGGAGACAGUCCACUGUCUGAGGGCAACCCCGGUAUCCUCGCUGUCAGCCAGCCAAUCUCAUCACCAGACAUCCUAAUGAAGCUCUACAAGCCCCACACCCUGUUGGAUAAAGCAAAGAUUAACCAGGGGUGGUUGGACUCAUCCAGGUCUUUGAUGGAACAAGAUGUAAAGGAGAAUGAGGUGCUACUGCUGAGGUUUAAGUACCACAGUUUCUUUGACCUCAACCCAAAGUAUGAUGCCAUCCGGGUGAACCAGCUCUAUGAACAGGCCAAGUGGGCUAUUCUGCUGGAGGAGAUUGAGUGCACAGAAGAGGAAAUGAUGAUGUUUGCUGCCCUACAGUACCACAUCAACAAGCUGUCAAUCAUGUCUUCCGACAAUCACAUGAAUAACAGUGAGAAGGAGGUGGAUGAGGUGGAUGCAGCCCUGUCUGACCUGGAGAUCACUUUGGAAGGAGGAAAGACGUCCAACACACUGGGUGAUAUUACAUCUAUUCCUGAGUUAGCUGACUAUGUUAAAGUCUUCAAACCCAAGAAACUGACGCUGAAAGGCUAUAAGCAGUACUGGUGCACCUUUAAGGAUAUUACAAUUUCCUGUUACAAGAGUAAAGAGGAGGCACACGGAACACCCACUCACCAAAUGAAUCUUAGAGGUUGUGAGGUAACUCCAGAUGUUAACAUCUCGGGACAGAAAUUCAACAUCAAGUUGCUCAUCCCUGUGGCCGAUGGCAUGAAUGAAAUCUGGCUCCGGUGUGAUACGGAGAAACAGUACGCUCACUGGAUGGCUGCGUGCCGCUUGGCGUCCAAAGGCAAGACCAUGGCUGACAGCUCCUACAACCUAGAGGUCCAGAACAUUCUGUCCUUCCUCAAGAUGCAGCACAUGAAUCCUGAUCCACAGUUCAUUGAGCCGGUCACCACCGAUAUCAACCCAGAAUGCCUGGUGUCCCCACGUUAUCUAAAAAAGUACAAGAACAAACAGCCCAGCUAUAUCAGGGACUUGAUUUCAGCUCGGAUCCUUGAAGCACAUCAAAAUGUGGCCCAGAUGAGUCUGAUUGAAGCCAAGAUGCGUUUCAUCCAGGCAUGGCAAUCCCUGCCUGAGUUUGGAAUCACUCAUUUCCUUGCCAAGUUCCAGGGUGGAAAGAAGGAGGAGCUAAUCGGCAUCACUUACAACCGUCUGAUCCGGAUGGAUGCCGGCACCGGAGAUGCCAUCAAGACUUGGCGCUUCAGCAACAUGAAACAGUGGAAUGUCAACUGGGAGAUCAAGAUGGUGACGGUAGAAUUUGCAGACGAGCCCAGCCUGGCUUUCACCUGUGCGGAGGUGGACUGUAAGGUCGUCCACGAGUUCAUUGGCGGCUACAUUUUCUUGUCCACACGUGCCAAGGACCAGAAUGAGUCUCUAGACGAGGAGAUGUUCUAUAAGCUGACCAGCGGCUGGGUCUAAUCUGCCUCAGAUCACCAGGAACCAACGAUUGUAGGUCAGGAGCUGGAGCCGGCGUGGUUGGGGAUGAAGCCACAAUGUAUGCAUUUAUUUUAUUCUAUUAUUUCUCAGCCUUUUUAAUAGUUUUGUUCUGUGCUGGAGAUUCUGGCACAGUGCCACUAUUGACACAGCUGACACUUUUUUGUAUUCAUGCUGACAUUUUUAAACACUAACACUGCAAAUGCAGCCCAGAUGAAUUCUGAAGUCGAUCUCUUGUGGUUGAGUACAAAUCUGAACCAAGGUUGUCUCUUAAGACCACUUGCGUCCUUCUGGACUGAAUUGCAUAACCUCCCAGGAUCCAUCUCCAUCACUUUGUCCCUGCUCUUUCCUGUUAUCUGAAUCUGGACUAAUUGACGUCAAACUCUCAGCCAACCAGCUAAAAUGUGAUGGUAGUGCCACAGCCUUCAUAAAUAUCAAAUCUGUAAAGAGCAGAAGCUGUUCAUCACGGCGUUGUGUAUCCAUGCAGAAGUCAUGUAAGAACUUCAACUUUAUCCAAUUCUGUUGAUGAAUAAGCUGUUGUUUUUUUUUUUUUUGUUGUUUUGUUUUGUUUUGCUGUGUGUUGGAUUCGUUGCAGCGGACGUCGGCAGUGUCUCCAAUGAAAUUACAACACCAACGGUUGUGGUUUGUUUUAAUAGUGAUGAUGGCGAGUGUGUCAUGAAACAUGAGCAUUGGGUACAAUAAAGCCUGCAAAUGGCGUCGUCAUUUUAAAAACCAAAGUUGGUGUGUCAAGUUCAAAUUAAUCAGUGAUCAUGUCUAAAGAAUUUACAUAAAAACAAGUAUUUAAGAAAGUCUAUUUGAAACAUAUCAGCUAGCAGAUCCCCCCCCAACACGCACACCCCUUAUAAGGAACAAAAAAAACGUUAUUUAGAUAUGGAGACUUGUACAACUCACAGACUAUUAAAAAAAUGCUAUCCGCAGCUAACAUGUUCACAUUAGCAUACCAGGUUAGGAUGACUGCACACGCUAGCAUUCCGAUUAGUGUAUUCUCUAAUGGGAAUGGCUACACAUACAUGACUUAGUGGUAGUACAGAGCGCAGUGACACUCCGACACUCUGAGCGGCUACAAUAGAACUCAACACCAUCAUGCGCUGAUUAGCAGUUUACUCCAGUAGAUUACUUUGAAAGGUUUCUUACAAAUCUCUAAAAAUAUAAAAUUGCUGAUCUUUGUGGAAGUUGCAUUGCCAUUUUGAAUUUUGGUGGAAAUCAGGUGAGGUCUUGUAGCAUAUACAGAUAAUUACUGUAUGGCGCUGCUGGGUUAGUAGUAGUAGUAUAUUAUUACUACUGGGUUCUUUCUUAGCCACUCAGUGCUGCUGGUGGGCACACUCUAUAUCUGGUACCUGUAGCCACAUCCUAUUAAUACGUUCCCUCACAAUUCAAACGUGCCACAUCUGGUAUAAAUAUCCGUACGCACCACACCCGGAAAAUCCAGCAAUGUCCGUAAAACUUUACUCCCCGAAUCAAGACUAUGUGAUGCUCAUUUCACAAUCAGUCAUCUGACAAUUUUUGAAAAACCUCAGAUCUGCGGUCGGAAUUGUUUGUUGGUGUGUGUACUCGACAUACCUAACAGGAGGUUUGAUUGAUUCCCUUUUUGUUUUGCUUUGUUCUUAUUGUUUCUCUCACCAUAUAGUAUUAUCGUUUUUAUCGUUAUCACACCAGCAAAAGGUCACAGAGCUUGAAGACUGAAUAUGCAAUUUUUUUUUUCCUGUCUUCACAAUGAAGGAUUACUAAAUGAAGUAUUAUUUUUUGUAACUAAUGUAAAAACACAGGUUUUAUAGAAUUGUACAGUUUUUUUUUUCUUUCUUUCAGAAGAGUGGAAGCCAUCUGUGAGACAUGUAGUAUUCAGAAUUGUGCCUGCGUUUCUUGUGGUUUUACCAAGUUUUCAGAUGAAAAUGAAUAUAUAUAUAUAUAUAUAUAUGAAGACAAGAAGUCUCAAACUCCAGGUUUAUUAGGAGUUAUUGUGUAUCCAGUACUUUUAUUUUCUGCUCCUGUAUCUUUUGUAUUCUGUUUUUCUCCUCUUUGACUUUCAUCAGGUGUUUAUGGCACUGAAUGAUUUUGUUUUUAAAGCUAGUAAACCGAGACAUUCAGUUUUGGCUGAAAUUGUAUUUUUUUUCUCAGUGCCUUUUUAAAAGGUUUCACCUAAUACUGUGCUUCUGUCACAACAGUGUCUCAUUUAAUGUCAAUGUGAUAUUUUUUUUAUUUUAUUUUUUUAUUUGGGUACCCUGGAGUUUGAGACAAAUCAUUUAAAAAUAAGAUUAAACCAAGCCUAGUCCGUUUUGUUUUCCCACCUGUAUUUGUUUGCCUUCAGUGUCCAGAACAGCGGUGCAUGUCCUGCUGUUUUUAGACCGUAAAAGUGCAUUUAUUUAAAAAAAAUAAAAGUAAUUUUUAUUUAAA